CAAAAAACUGACACAAACCAGCGUCUGUAGACCCCAAUUGAUAAAGCAAGCUGGAGGGGAAGUCGGAAUGAGCAGGGGCGAGAGUUUCGGCGACGGCACUGCCGCUAACAGAAAUUCUUCCAUCCAGGCCACAAUAAUAGCUUUUGAGGGAUUUUCGCCCAAGCAACCAAGCAAUCUUCAAUGCGGAUUUUAGACUACUCGAAUCCGAUCUCUGAAGGCUGAGGCAAAACAAUCGUUUGUUAUAUACCCUAGUGCCAUUCCACUCCGUAUUGCUUUCGAUAUCCCAAGCUCAGCCUGACCUUCCCUUCUCUCACCUCCAGCCUGACCUCCUCGGCUACUUUCCAAUCAUAACCUCGUACAAUGUCUCAAGAAGAUAUGGAUUGGUCGCCCACCUUCUGCCUUGCCUGUGAUAGGCAGACUAGUGGCAAUGCCUACUGCGGAGAGGACUGUCGUCUGGCUGAGUACGGGGGAGCCAACACAGGCUCAGAGGCCAGCUCGCCUGCCUCCCAUCAGGCUUCGAUCUCGUGGCCUUCAAAACCAAGCAACAACUUCUACGUCCCUUCAGCCUACGACGUCACCAAGAGGCCGUCGACCUCGUCGUCUCACCCAAGACCUCAAACUCAGCCCAUCUACACCAGGCCAGUCUUGACCCCGUCGUCGUCCCAAUCUUCUCUCUUCUCGAUGCAGAGCUCCUCGUCGACCUCCUCCGAGCAAGUCCAACUCUCUGACAAAGCCCGUCGCGAACUCCGCGGCUACGCCAGCUCAUUCGAUCAAUUCCGCAACCACCGCAGGCAAUCCACAUCAUAAGUCUUCACACUAGACACUUUAACUCACGAUAUAUACGAACGACCACGAACUCCACUUCACCCAACUCAACCUCACACACUCCCCUCACACACAUACAUUACCAUUUUACACUUGCUCUUCAGCAUCGUAUUGGGUGACUCGGAAUAGUUCAAGAACCUUGGAUCUUCCAGUGGAUUAUCGGCCAGGUUGUAUGGCUACCUAAGGGAGUAAUUUAGCAAUUGGAACUUCCACCAGUCGGGUUACAAUCAUUACAUUCUACUUAGAUGGUGUUAAAUCGUGG